AAAUAUGCAGCAUACUUAUUUAGCACCGACACUUCCGGUCCUUAGCGCUGUUGGUGCGAGCUGCUGUGUUUGAUUGCACGAGCGCAAAUAAGGAUGCGACGAUGUACAUUAUUAAGGGCGUUGAUUUAUUGCGCAUUGUGGAGUAUAGUGUUAACAAGAAGGCUGCGCCGCAUCCAAAGAGCCCUUUGAAAGGCCCCUACUCCUCUUUGCUUUGAUUUCUCAACUCUUUCCUCGGUAGCAUUGUUCGAUUAUAGCUGUUAAAAGCUGAGUUGCUCGUCCUCACUGGUCCAUGCCACGAUGCACAACAACUCUAUAUUCACAAUCCUCCUCGCAUUGGUCACAUUAGCCAUCGGGGGAACAGACGGCGAAAAUUAUUUCACCAGUCCUGCUUCCAAUACCGGUAUCAACCCAGUUUACACCCUGGGCGAUCAACAAGUCAUCUCAUGGAAAACCACACUGGGGGUGUUCAAUAUCUCGAUGUGGCAGCAAAGUCUGGUGCAGGAAGGCGCAGCGAGCCAGGGCAACGUUUAUUCAAAGAUCCAUUCGACUGACAAGGUCACCAACUUCACCUGGGUGGCUCAACUCUACGGCUUUGACCUGGAUUACUCCAACGUCUUCUUCUUCUGGAUCAACUCCGACCAGCCAGAUGGUUUCAUUUCGUCGUAUUUCAACAUCACCGAAGCGUCUGCCACGUCUACUUCCGCAACGAGCUCCGCAACGUCUACAAGUACCUCGAACAGCACCCUCAACUCGGGGUCAUCACCGUCUUCCUCAUCGUCCACGCCGUCCUCUUCCUCGUCCGGACUAACGAGCACUGGAAAGAUAGCUCUUGGGGUCGGAAUCGGCAUCGGCGCCCCUGUGCUUGCGGCAUUGGCGGCAUUGGUCUGGCUCAAGGCGCGCCGACCCCCAGCCAAUCAACCACAACAAAUACCUGGUGCCGUGCCAAACACAGCACUUUAUCCUUUCUGGCCUGCUAUGCAACAGCAGGAACAGCUUCAACCGGGUUCGGCAUCGCCAAAAGAAAUGCCGGGCUCGGAUCCAGUGGAUUAUUGUGCCGAGUUACCCAGUCAGCGGCAGCGUGAAUAAGAAAUCAUGUAUCCGAGUUAUUUGCUGCAGGGGUCAACAAUUAUAUAUAAUUUAUCGAGCAUCACAAUGCAUAUGGUUGAUACAACCGAUUUGAGAGUUCCGUAUGCUCCAACCAACUACACCAA